UCAGGUUGGACACUGUCUCAUUUGUUUCUAUGUUUCAAGAAUACUCGUUGUUGACUUUGCGCUCAAAACAAGCCGGUUUUUCGUUCAAUGAUAACAGACGUUCGGAUUUCUGAAUAUUUCAUUCUUGUCAUAUCUCUAAAACACUGAAGUAAUUCAUUAUCAGAGACAUUUUAAACUAAACAAAUACUAUGCGCGACGCAAAUGCAAACGAACGAACUGCACUCACCACUGGUACUGGUGGUGCAGAUUCAUUCGAAAUUUCCACUAAAGAUCUACAGAAAUUAAUGGACUGUCGUAAAUUGGAGGCUGUUAAAUAUCUUAAUGAAAAAUACGGUGGAGUUGUAGGAUUAUGUCGAUUACUUAAAACAUCUCCACAAGAUGGUUUACAUGAAGAUGAUUUCUCUAAACGUAUUAAUACAUUCGGUGCUAAUGUUAUACCACAACAACGUGCUAAAACAUUUUUAAGAUUAAUGUGGGAAGCUUUACAAGAUUUAACAUUAAUUGUUUUAAUUGUUGCUGCAUUCAUUUCACUUGCAUUAUCACUUUAUAUAAAAUAUGGACAAGCACCAACAUUUGAUGAAUCGGAAGGACAAGCUGGUUGGAUUGAAGGUUUAGCCAUUCUAAUUGCUGUAUUUGUUGUUGUAUUUGUUGUGGCAUUGAAUGAUUGGCAAAAAGAACGACAAUUUCGUGGUUUACAAAAUAAAAUUGAAUCAGAGCAUACAUUUUUUGUUAUACGUAAAGGUGAUACUAAACAAAUUCCUGUAAAAGAAAUUGUUGUUGGUGAUGUAUGUCAAGUGAAAUAUGGUGAUCUCCUACCAGCUGAUGGUAUAGUGAUACAAUGUAAUGAUUUAAAAAUUGAUGAAAGCUCUUUAACUGGUGAAUCGGAUCAAGUAAGAAAAAGUGAAACAAAAGAUCCUGUCCUCCUUUCAGGCACUCAUGUUAUGGAAGGUUCCGGUAAAAUGGUUGUUACUGCCGUUGGACCGAAUUCACAAGCUGGUAUAAUAUUUGCUUUGCUAUCUUCUGGUUCUCAUGAUGAACAUGGUGGCGGUGGUCAAGAGAACAAAAAAGAGAAAAGCAAAACUAAAAAGAAUGGUAAAAAAGGGAAAAAGAACACUAACAAAGUACCAUCUGCUAAUUCCGAUGCUUAUCAAAUGAAAUCAAAGGAGAAUAAAACAAAAACUGAAUCUGAUACAGAACAGACUUCGAAACCGAAGAAAAAACCACGUCGUAAAGAACAAUCUGUGUUACAAGCAAAAUUAACUAAAUUAGCCAUACAAAUUGGUUAUGUUGGUACAUGUGUUGCAAUAGCUACUGUCCUAAUAUUAAUCAUAAAAUUUUCAGUACAUACAUUUGCACAAAAUAAAGAACCAUGGCAAACUGGAAAACAUUUGAAACAAAUAGUUAAUUAUAUUAUUACUGGUGUGACAGUAUUAGUUGUUGCUGUUCCCGAAGGUUUACCACUUGCUGUAACUUUAUCAUUGGCAUAUUCAGUGAAACGUAUGAUGAAAGAUAAUAAUCUAGUUCGACAUUUAGAUGCAUGUGAAACAAUGGGCAAUGCAACAGCGAUUUGUUCAGACAAAACUGGUACAUUAACUACAAAUCGUAUGACAGCUGUUCAAUGUUUCAUUGGUAAUAAACAUUAUAAACGUAUACCGACAGCUUCAGAAUUACCAGAAUCUAUCACCAAUCUCAUAGUAAUGAAUAUAUCCAUUAAUAGUGGGUAUACAUCGAAACUUUUGCCUCCCGAUAUUCCAAAUGCUUUACCUAAACAAGUUGGAAAUAAAACAGAAUGUGCUUUAUUAGGUUUUGUCAAAUCUAUUGGACGUAGCUAUGAAGAUAUACGUACACAAUGGAGUGAAGAACGUUUAUAUAAAGUGUACACAUUUAAUUCAAUACGUAAAUCCAUGAGUACAGUUAUUAAAGAAUCAGAUAAUCCAAUGUCAUUUUUAUUGUUUACUAAAGGUGCUUCAGAAAUGGUUGUUAAAUGUUGUUCUUGGAUGAUGGAUGAACAAAAUAAACCAAGACCAUUCAGUCUACAAGAUCAAGAACGUUUAACUGAAGCAGUGAUUGAACCAAUGGCAGGUGAAGGUCUUCGAACCAUUGGCAUAGCUUAUAAAAAAAUUACAAUAGCUACAAAUUCAAAAAGUCCGAAUGAUAUGAUUGUACAAAGUGAACCGAAUUGGGAUGAUGAAGAACAUUUAUUAGAAGGUCUUACUUUAUUAGGUAUUAUUGGAAUUGAAGAUCCAGUUAGACCAGAAGUACCAGCUGCUAUACGUCAAUGUCAAAAAGCCGGUAUCACUGUACGUAUGGUAACUGGUGAUAAUGUAAAUACAGCACGAUCAAUUGCAAUGAAAUGUGGUAUUAUACAACCAGGUGAAAAUUUUCUUGUUAUUGAAGGUAAAGAAUUUAAUCGACGUAUUCGUGACAAAGCAACUGGUAAAGUUAGACAAGAUUUAUUUGAUCAAGUAUGGAUUAAUUUAAGAGUAUUGGCUAGAUCUUCACCUCAGGAUAAAUACACAUUAGUCAGUGGGAUAAUUAACAGUCGUGCAGCACCGUCACGUCAAGUAGUCGCUGUCACUGGUGAUGGUACAAAUGAUGGUCCAGCGUUGAAACGUGCAGAUGUUGGUUUUGCAAUGGGUAUAGCUGGUACAGAUGUAGCAAAAGAAGCAUCUGAUAUUAUAUUGACAGAUGAUAAUUUUUCAAGUAUUGUUAAAGCUGUUAUGUGGGGUCGUAAUGUAUAUGAUUCAAUUACAAAGUUUUUACAAUUUCAAUUAACUGUAAAUUGUGUGGCGAUUAUUGUUGCAUUCGCUGGAGCAUGCUUUUUAGAUGAUAGUCCAUUGAAAGCUAUACAAAUGUUAUGGGUCAAUUUAAUUAUGGAUACAUUGGCUAGUUUAGCAUUGGCUACAGAACAACCAUCAGUGGAAUUAUUAGAUCGUGCACCAUAUGGACGUACUCAACCAUUGAUCAGUAGACAAAUGGCUAAAAAUAUCUUAGGUCAUUCUUUAUAUCAAUUGGGUGUUAUAUUUUUCUUAUUAUUUUAUGGUUGUUAAUACAGUACCGAAUGCAAUUAUACCAAAAUGUAAAUGUCGUAAACGUAAACGUCCUACAGUUGUCGGUGUUAAUGAAAAUGCAGCUGAUGAAUACAUUAAAGAUGCGAUUGAAGUCGGUGAAGCUGAUGAAGAAGAAGAUGAAAUCUCUCCAUUAUCACUAGGUGGUGCUAAUAUGGGAAUUGGUGGACGUAUUUUAUGGAUUCGUGGUGUAAAUCGUAUUCAAACACAGAUGAAAGUGGUCGAUGCAUUCCGUAUGGGACUUGGACCACAUAUUGAUUUGGAACAACGUAGAAGUAUUGGUUCGUUGGCAUUUAGACAACGUCAAAAUUCUAGUAUUGAAUACGUGGAUGCUGAUGCUCCGGAUGAAUCUUAAUUAUGUUUACUUGUUUAAAUGCGCUUAUCCGUUUAUAUUAGUAUGAAAGCAUGAGCAUCGAUAUUGGUGUCAGCGCUGGAUAUAUUGAUUAAACACUAUACAGAAUUAUACCUUUUUAAUCCAUACUUUAACCUAAUAGAUAGUUGAUCAUAUCAAUUAUUAUAAAGACCUAAACAUAUGCGAAAUUUGUAUUUCUUUCCUCCGUAUAUACAAAAUCUCCCCCUCUCUCUCUCUCUCUCUCUUUCUGAUACACACACAUCCACACAUAAGCUACAACUCUCUACGUUCGUGUGUGUGUGUACGGGUACGUGCUCAAUUUUCUUAUAUAAACGGUAUGUAAUUAGCAUUAUAUUGUUGAUGUUGCCAUUGUCUCUGCUGUUAUUGUCGUUCAUUCUUAUUUUCAUGAAUUGACGAUCCCUCCUUGCAACAUUGAUAUAAUAUAUAUAUAUACAUGUAAUAAUAGACAAUAUGUAUUACAUACAUUUUAUUUUUGCUUUAAGGCAACGUUGUUGUUGUUGUUGUCGUCGUCGUCGUUGUUAUAUUGUCCGUUUGUUAUUUCCUCAAUCUUUCAUCUUCAUUCAGUUCUUCGUUUGUUUGUUUGUUUGUUUGGUCGUUUGCUUUUCUUCAUUCUCUUCUCUCUCUUUUUUUCUUUUUGUUGCUUAUAUUGAUUAUUGUUUCUCUAUUUUGUUUUUCUCUUUAAUAUUUUAUAAAAGAAUUUUAAUAAUGAAUCCUGAUUAAAUAAUUCAAGAGAUUAUUUGUAUUAUUGACAAUGUUACUUUACUUUCUCAUUUGGUUUUAUUCAAUAUUAUUAUUAGUUUUUAAAAAGAAUUUUUUUUAAAUUCUGGCCUAUUAUUAGUAGUAUAUUAAUAGUAGUAUUGUAACAAGGUAUUCAUUGUUGCCUUUUUUUUCUAAGAAAAAACAUCAUCAAUAAUUGAUCCAAUAAUGAUCAUAUUUCUCUUGUCUUUUUUUAUUAAAAUAAACCCGUUUCUUGUUCAUCUAUCUUUAUCUCAUGCAUAUAUAUAUAUAUAUUUGUACAGUGUGUUGUUGUGCAGACUCGAAGCAUGAGAUUUGCUAAUGUUCUGUACUCCCCCCCUCUCUCUCUGUCCCUUUGUGCGUGUGUGUCUAUCUGUCUCCAUCCUUCUCUUUGGAACUACUGCUAAUUUAAUCCGUUUUGAUUUCGUCUAAUCUCUUUUUUUCUUUGAGUAUUCGAAAUACUACUGAUCUAUUUUAUUUACGUAUAUGUUUGUUUACACAAAAUGGAGAUAUAACCAAACAAGACCUGAUUACAUAGUUUCUCCUUUAUAUAUAUAUAUUGUGUGUGUGUGUGUAUUCACUAGUGCCGAUGAACGAUUUGCUUUUUGCUGUCUUUUAUUUUGGCUUCGUUUCCUUAUUUUUUUAAAACAAACAACUUAACAGUAUUCACAAGAAACCAAUGAUAUACGUCAAUAAAUGAAUUUCCUCUUUUUUUUUCUGGUUAACGAAUUUAUUAUUUCACUUCAACAACUAAGUUUUUUCGCGUUACACACCACUCAUACACACACACACACACCCCUUUACAUCAAUUUAGUUACUCUCUAUAUUUUUUUGCUAAUAAGAAAUAAACUUGUGCAUAUGCAAACUGAUAUGCACACAUGCAAGUUGAGUAUGUAUAUUGUAUUCAGUUUGUCUCUAUCGUAUUCAUAGAUACAACUAGUACUACUACUACUACUACUAAUACUAAUACUACUACUUCAGUAAUUCUACUUUUGAAGAGUUAUUCAUCAUGUGUUGUGUUUAUGUUGUGAAAUGAACAAGUCUAAGAUAUUUUCAAGGAAGAAAAAAUCUUUAUCAGAAUUAUUGCAGAAGUGUUUGUUUACUCCCACCGCCACCACCACCAUCCCCUUACACACAGAUUGACAGUAGUUGUCAAUAUGAUGAAUUGAUAUCUCACAAUGUUCAUUUUCUCUUUUACUUAAUUUUUUUUUCUGCUUAAUCAUUUGAUUACCCAUAUUUCCAAUCCUUAUUUACCCCUCUGCCUCUCAUUCAUGUUUACAUGAAGCUGCUUAUGUAUGUAUGUAUGUAUGUAUGUAUGUACGUGUGUUAAUUUGUGUAUAUUCACAUAUUCAAUACAUGUGAACUAGACAUCAUUCAUUCUUCUUUCAAUCUUCAUUAUCCUCAUUUUGUUUUAUCAAUUAUGUAAUAAUGAAGGGGUGGGAUGUUUGUUUAUUAUCAAUCAAUCCCUUCUUCUAAAUGUUAUUAUACCAGGGUUAUCAUAAUUUAAAUGAAUUUUUCAUAAUAAAUAAACUCGAAUUAGUUGCCUUCUUUUUCACAAAUACAAAAAUGCAAUCUAUUUCCAUAUUACAAUUAUGUGUAAUUUUAUAAUGGUGCAUAUUGUACGAUCUUCUUGCUCAAAUACAGGUAUAUAUAGAUAUAGAUAUAGAUAUUGAAUGCGUCAAUAUACCUGUUGUUUAAUGUUUAAUCAUUUGAAUUCAUACUCUUACACUUUACAACCUUCUUGUAUGUGUGUAUAGCACUUGUACUUCUAUACGUUCACAAGAGGUAUUCUAUGUGUGUGUGUGUGUAUGUAUUUGUCUGAGUGAAUGUGUUUUUAUUACAACAUGUUUAUUUCUCCCUCUCCCACCCCCUUUCUUUCUUUCUCUCUCUCUCUCUCUCUCUCUCAAUUCAAUUGUGUUUACAUGUCAUAGUUACAAUAAGGAAAUUCAUUUAUCACACAUCAUUAUUAAAUCAAUAAAGAGAAGUAAACAAUCGAUAAAUGAAAAAAACACACAAUGAAAAUGAAUGGUUAG